GAUGGAGAGUGCGGUGUGGAAAUCUGGUUUAUAGUUAUUUACAAUGUAAUAAUACGGUUAAUGUUACACUUGAAAGUUUUAAAGCAUGCCCCUUUUUCUUCUCAGAACUCAAUUCCCACAUGCACAACGAUUCCAACAUAUACUUGAGGUUUGUUCACCUAUUUUAUUUGUGCCACAAUGGCCACACCUUGUGUUCAUCCUGCAAAACAAAGGUGCAGAACCGCUGCCCAACUUGUCGACAGGAACUCGGAGACAUCAGGUGUCUAGCGCUCGAAAAGGUGGCUGAAUCUCUAGAACUUCCAUGCAAACAUUCCUCUCUCGGCUGCACGGGAAUUUUUCCAUACUUCACUAAGCACUUGCACGAGAGCCAGUGCAACUUCAGACCUUAUAAUUGUCCAUAUGCUGGCUCGGAGUGCUCUGUGACCGGAGACGUACCAUUUUUGGUUGCCCAUCUAAGGGAUGACCACAAAGUAGACAUGCAUACGGGCUGCACUUUCAACCACAGAUAUGUUAAGUCGAAUCCACGGGAAGUCGAGAAUGCCACUUGGAUGUUGACGGUGUUCCAUUGUUUUGGGCAAUACUUCUGCUUGCACUUUGAGGCAUUCCAGCUGGGGAUGGCUCCUGUGUACAUGGCUUUCCUAAGGUUCAUGGGGGAUGAGACAGAAGCUAGGAAUUACAGCUACAGCCUUGAGGUUGGGGCCAAUGGGAGGAAGCUCAUAUGGGAGGGCACGCCCAGAAGCAUCCGCGACAGCCAUCGCAAGGUGCGGGAGAGUCACGACGGCCUUAUAAUACAGAGGAAUAUGGCUCUCUUUUUCUCCGGAAAUGACAGGAAAGAGCUGAAGCUCAGAGUCACAGGUAGGAUAUGGAAGGAGCAGCAGAGCUCAGAAGCUGGGGUUUGUAUGCCUAACCUCUGCAGCUGAAGCAAGUCUUGUGCUGCAAAUCCUAUUGUGUGUAUUAUGUGUGUGUGUGUGUGUGUGUGUGUGUGUGUGUGUGGGAUAACCUAUUUUUUUUUUAAUUAUUAUUUUUUUUUCUAUUUUUUAAAUAUUAUGCUGCCUUUAGAAUGGAACUCACUACAAAUGUAUCUUUUAUGGAUGGAAAGUUUGGUGAUGAAGGCUGUGGCUAUGAGGAUUGUUUUGGAAAGUGGAAUGGUAAAAAAGAGUUUUUAA